AUGCCCCGAAAAGGCUCAAAUAAAAAAUGGUUAAAAAAUAUUCUUAAUACCUUCAAAACUUAUAUUUUAAAAACAAAUCAAUUUUAUCAAUGUCAGUUAAAACGAAAAGAAAUUUCAAGUGAUGAGUAUUUUAAUAAUACUGAUAUUCUUAAUGCAUUAAAAUCUCGAAUAGUUAAAAUGCUCUUUAAAGAUUUUGAAGCAGUAAAUAGAAUAUUAUCUUCUAAUAAAAUUAGAUUAAUUCAAGUUUCGGCUUCUCGAAAACAUUACAAAAGUUUUGAAGAGGUCUUUUCAGCAACAAAUAAUUAUGAAAGAAUAGUUGAAAUUGACAAUAACAGAAAUGCAAUUAAUGAACAUUCAUUGCCUCGCACAUAUUCAUUUAUUGUUGAUGAUGAAGAAGAUAAUACUAGUGAAUGUUCCAACUCAAAUCAUAGAAAUAAUGACACUAAAGGUGAUGAUAGUGAAGAAGGCGAAGAAAAUAGCGACAAUAAUGGUGAAGGAAAUAGUGAUGACGAAGGAAAUAGUGACAAUAAGGUCAAUAAUGGCUUAGAAGAAAGUGAUGGUGAUAUGGACGUUUCAUGGUAG